AUGUGUGCGUUUAAUACAAAGGAACUCAGCGAAGAAUUACCUUGGGUUAGCGAGUUGGUGCAGCUUCCACCUACAUCAACGCGGGUGAUAGAUGCAGACGAAGAGGUCUUUCUACAAUACACAAACUUGGCCUCACGGGCUCCGGCCGACGGGACGCAGCGUUUCCGCGGGCUUGGUCACGUCGAUUCGUAUAACGAUGUACUCACGAUUGAAUUUACCAUCCCCGCUAGCCCGCGUGAUCACGUAGGGACCAUUCAUCGUCAGGGUCGGUCUGGAAAGCCAGUCAAGAGGAAUAGAAAGACGUCUGGGCAGGCACAGACCUUGUCAGUUGAGCUUGCCCAGGAUAAGACUGCUCUUCGCAGUCGCAAGGGUGACACUGGAAGUGUGGUAUGGCACGCGAGUAUUGAUUUCGCACAAACUGUCCUCCGACAGUACUAUACCCGGGAGAUUCAUGCUCUUCUUAACCCUACCGCGCUAUCGAACGCCCAUGUGCUCGAGCUAGGUGUUCUUGUGCUGUUGCGCCACUUGAUUGUGCUAAGGGCCGGCACUGGGCUCUUGAGCGUCGUAAUAGCCCCUCUGGUUGCGCAUUAUACCGUUACGGAUAUCGAGGCUCUAGUUCCGCUAAUUCGGAAGAACUUGACGUUGAAUACACCAAAGAUAUUCCCAAUUACUCCUUCGGAUCGCCGGGCUCACCCUGCCACAUCACGUACAUCCAAUGUCAGCGCUGAGGCUCUGGAUUGGAUUACCUUGCACAAUGCAUCCCCCGCCUUUCGUCGGUCCUUCGCCUGUUAUCCAGAACUGGAUUUGCUUUUAGUUGUAGAUUGCAUCUAUCAUCCAUCGUUACUCCCGGCACUGCUGUCUACUAUCGACCAUCUAACUAUACCUGGGAAGACAGCUGUCCUCGUGGUGGUGGAGCUGAGAGCGGAGGAUGUUGUGAGGGAGUUCCUAGACGGGUGGUUGAACAUAUCUUCAGGCGCACUGUGGCAGAUCUAUAGUGUUAGUGCAUUUAUGGAAGGACCUUACGCUGUAUGGAUUGGGUGGAAGACUAUAUCGAAUGGAGAUGCGUAG